UCAAAAUGUUUACCCUCCUUCAGUUGGGUGGCAUUUUCUGUGCAGUUACUAAUCACAGAAGUUUGUGAGUGUGAAAAUCUGGUUUGCUAUAUUCUGCAUUAAGACCUAGAAUCUCAGCUUUAGCAUCUAGUGUGAAGCAUUUGCAGGAACCUACUGUGCAAUAUCAUAAAGCAGGCAGUUACCUAGCAAGAAACUAAUGUUUUGAAGAGUAAGUAGGGGAAAAGGCAGUGUUUAAAUAUUUAUGUAGAAACUCAUUUCUGCUUUUCUUAGAUUACUUUAGCUCUUCUGAUACGUUUAAUUCUGUACUUUGAUCAUAGGACCUGGAAUGAAAGCUUUUAAAAUUUGCUUUCCUAUUUCCUCAUGUUCUCUUUCCUAACUCACCAUCUGUUAUUCAAUGUUUACAGGGAUCUUUUAAAAAUUCAUAGUCCCUUAAGAUUGUCUAAAAAUUGAAAGUAUUGGGAACGAUAGAAAAGUUCUCAAAAUGGUUUUUCUGUUAUAAAUAAGUUGAGUUUUGCUAAAUUGCAUAUCACUUUCUCUUUUCUAAAAUAUUUUGAUAUUUCUUUUGUGGUUGUAAUUCAAAAUAGAGUGGGUAAGAAAAGUUUAAACAGCUUAAAACCACUCAACAUUCAGUUUUGUGUCUUCUGUACUCUUCACAGUAGCAAAGCAGUCUUUACAUGUCCCUCUGUUUAGACUUCCUUUUAUUGCCUCACUUUGGAUAAUGGGUAAGAUUUUUUAAAGACUUGUGUUUUUUCUGACUUUAUUGUGUAGUUUAACUCCAACUUUAAUAGUUAUUUUUAGCCUAUGUGAGGCAGAUGAUUGUAACUCCAGCACUCUGAGAGGCUGAGGGAGGAGGAUCCGAAGUUUGAACCUUGCCUCGACAAUUUAGUGGCACUGUCUCAAAAUGAAAUAGUUUUUAAAAAGGGCUGAGGAUGUAGCUCAGUAUAUUCAAUUUCUAGUAGCACAAAAAGUUAGUUAUUGCUGAUUUUUCACAUUACUAGUAGGAAUAAAAGUGUAUUGAUAAGAUUAUAUAAAGUGUAGAAAACAAUAUAAUACUCAGCUUUUAUCUAAAAAAUAAAUUAGAAAGGGAGCUGCCUACAAGUAUUCUAGUAAGAUGCGAAAUGAUUUAAACAAUUGUUUUUGAAAAAGUCUGUGUAUCUAUGUUUAAUUGAUACGUGAAUUUUUCAAACACAUAUAGAGAUUUUUUUCCUCAGUCCUUUUGUUGCAUUCAUUUGCUUUCCAAAGGGCUAUAAUUCUUCCAAAACUCAACACAGUUUUCCCAGAUCUGAGGGAAAUAUGUUAAACAAGUAAAUCUUGUGAUUGAUUAUUGAGCAGAAAAAAAGACCUGUUAAAGAAUUGAUGGAAAUGUGUAACUGGAGUUCUUUGAGCCAAAAAAAUUGUAGUUACAGUAUUUAAGAAUUUCUUGAAUAUUUUAAGGAACUCAAUUUGCAUUUUAAUUUUAAUUUCUCUUGUUGAAUUUUUCCAUUCUCAUGUUAAAUAUGUUGUGCUAUAUAUAACAACUUUCCCCAAGAAGUCAUUGUUGCGUAUGAGUUGCUUUUUGUAAAGGCCUGUGUAAUGCUAAGAACUCAUUUCCUCUUAAAUUUAUUGGUUACUAUAUGAUCAUUUUUGUUCCAUUGAUAAAACAAAUAUUUUGUGUAUUUUUAUUUGACCUAUACUGUUAUUUUUUCAAAAGACAAAUAUCUGCACUGUGUUGGUAAUUUUAAAAGCCUGUAAAGCAGUUUAGAGAAUGAAGUAUGUUAAUGGAUAGUUUUUUGAUUCUCUAAAAAUUGUAUUUUUUUGUUCUUCAUAUUUUGAAAAUAAUUUUUAGAUGUUCUGUUCCUUAUAGAAGGGCUAUUCCAGGACUUAAGAAAGCAGUUCAUCCUCUUGUAGAUUCAAACCUAAAAGCAGUAAUUUAGUGGAGUUGCUUUAUUUGAGUAGCUAUACAGUAUGUCUUAGCAAAAAUGACACAGAAAAAGCCAGAUCUUCUGGUAUAAAAUUUUUUACUCUUAUAUAGUGUGUCUUCACAUUAAUUCAGUGCCUUUUCCUCUAAGCAUGCUAAAGCUCCACACCCUUUGCUGUAUCAACUUUAUUGAAGCCAGGCAGCAUUGGAAUAUAGUGGUUAGGCAUUUCUCUUGCCUGGGCAUGGAGAAAAGGAAAUAUUAAUCAGGAACUAGAAGAAUGUAUAUUAUUUUUCCUUGUGCUCUUGUCAUUGUUUCAACAUUUUCAAUAUUCAUUUGUAAAAAAUGUGUAAUUUCUUUGGAAGGCUUCAUUUCUUUUUUCAUUUUUUUUUUUUUUUUUUUUUUUUUUUUUUGUCUUUUUGUCUUUUUCCUUUUUAUCAGUACCAGGGAUUGAACACACGACUGCCUGCUUGCAGGGCAGGCAUUAUGCCACUGAGCUAAAUCUCCAGCUUCUGGAAGCCUUCAUUUCUAAGCAGCUUUGCAGUAAUAAAUAUAAACUCAGUGAAUGCAAAGCCCAAGUUUUCAUCAUAUGUAGUUCUUAACACUUCAAGACAGCACUCUGAUGGUUUCCCUCUCUUUGCUUCUUUUUUAUGAUCUCUAAAACAAAAGAAUAAGUGUUUUAGAAUUUUUAAGGUUUAGUCAUUAAGUUAAACAGAGAAAGAUUGUCAUCUCAUUUUCAAACAAAAGUAAUUAGUGCCUAUUUAAAUGUAUCAAAAUAAGGUAACUACUAACUUCAUCAUCAUAAUACUGUUAAUUGACAUUUGAGUAAAAAAUAUUGAGAUGUUUUACUUAACUUAAUACCCCGUAGAGAGUUGGUAAACCCUUUCAGAUUUAUUACUUCAUUUACCUUUUUGUUUUGACUGGUCAAACAUGACUGCUUUCUAUAAAGGAAAUGCAUGAGAGUUGACUGCAAUGGACAUAUCAUAGGUAUAGAAAGUUAUGUUGUAGAAAAACAUGCAUUUAGUAUCGCAUUUCCCGUUUAGCAGUUGAAUCCCAAAUCAGUUUUAUUAAGCUGAAAAUAGAAAUGAAGGAGCUGCCUUAAGCACUUUAGAAAAGAAGCUUUUUUACAGUUCAUUUUGACUCUUUCAGCUGAUUGUCACAUACAUCUUUAACUUUUGAUAAAUACGUGUAUAUACACCAAGCAUUUAAUAACUAAUGCAUAUUGAAAUCUAAAAUAUUGUGAUUUUUUGCCUAUUCCAGAUAUAGGUAAACAAAUUAAAAGUAUUGAGGGCAUGUCUGUCUAUUUUUGGGUUUAGCUGAUAGCAUUUGUACCAUUUUGGACAAACCAUGAACUAAAACGGUAUAGCUAAACUUGACCUACUUACUGUUUGGUAAACAGAAAUUUCCCCCCACAUUACGAAUGGAGACAUACUGUGUUAUGUUUAUUUUCUCAUUUAUAAAGUUAACACAUAAACAACAUGCGUAAUUUGAUUUUUUGUAACUGAUCCUUGGUGGUAUAAAUGUGUCUGUCAUGAAAUCAUUUUUUUUUUUUAGUUUAAAAUAGUAUUUAAUUUUUAAUCAUGUACAUGACACAAAACUUUUUUCUUUCAACAAAGUUUUCAUAUACACCUUAAUGAUAUAUAUGAAAUGUUAUCUAUAUGGUCCACUUUAAAAAAUGUUGUCUUUUCAGGUCAGAUAUCUUCUCCUUAAAAUCUCCUUAUAUUUGUGUGAUGCUUCUGAAAUUAGAUCUUUACUUAUUAGCAAAUCUGGGAGAAAAUUUUGAGACUUCAGUAUAAAUUUCAGCAGUAGCUUCUCUUAGUUUUGUGUUUAUACUAUUUUCCAGUUCUUCGUGAAUCUUAGUGUGAGGUACUUCUCCAUGCUGUUGUUUGAAGGCUAUGGGUUUAAUGUAUGUACCACUAAGUUUUCUCUGGGAAAAAGUUUAGAGCACCAAACUAUGAUUAAGAUUUCUGACAUAAGGACACUGUAGGACAGGUCUUGUACUGACAGUGUUCAGCAAAGAUCUGUUUUGCUGUUUCUCCAUCAGAAGUUUGGUAUUGGCUUCUUCUAGCCUCUCAUUUGCCUUGUUUAGCUUACUAGACAGUGAAUUUCUAGUUUUGAAUUUUUCUGUAUAGAGUUGCUUAUAUUUUUCAAGUUGUCUUUUAUUGGACUCUUCUUGGGUUUUCAUUUUAGAGAGCUCCAAUUCCAGGUUCUUAAUUCUGAGUUCCAUGUGAUUUUUCAUUGAAGCAUUGUUACUCUCUCAAUUGCUCUCUUGAGAUGCUCCUUGUGUCCGUAAAAAUGAAUUGACUUGUUUUAAUUUUUCCAGUAACUCUUGUCUUGCUUUUCUUCAGUCUCCCGCUUACACUGUUGCAGUUGGCCAUGUUCUACUACAUUUUUUUUCUGUGUGACUUUUGAGGUUUACUACUUCUUGUUCCAACUUCUUUUUAUUUUCCUCUAGCAUUUUACAUUUCUUCUGGAUAUUUUUCAUAGGUAAGUAACUCCUGGUGGAAAAACUGAUUAUUUUUAUCCAGAUGUAGAUAUUUCUUAAAUCCAGUUAGCUGUUUUUUUAGUUCAUCAUUUUUUUUGUUGACCUAAAGUAUAUUCCAGAGAUUGUUUUAACUCAAUGUUUCUUUAACUAUUCCUUAUCUUCAGACAAAUUUGCACUUAACAAAUUGGUGUGAAGGUAACAUUUCCAUGAUUGCUUUUUUAUUUUCACAUUUACCCUGGAAUUCUCAAGUUCAAGCUUUUGUAGGUAUUCUUGCAUCUUCUCCACACAUUGCACAGCUUCUGUGUGUCGAUACUGUUCUUCUUUCAGUCGACUCCUGAUUUGAUCUAAUUUCUUCUUUAAAUGCUAUGUCUCAUCUUCUGAAUUAAUGCGAUAAUGUGAUGAAACUUCCAAUGAAGCCUCUGACAUAGAUUUUUUUAAAGAUAUUGGUCAGUUUUUGUUGAAGUUGUCUCACAAUUCUUUCUUCUUUCUCCCUUUCAUACUAAUACAGUCUAUCUUCUAAACGAUUAUGUUCAUGGAUUAAUUCUUUAUUUCUGUCUUCCAACAUGAGGCUUUGUUUUUCACUCUCACCUUGAAUGUUUUCACAAUGUCAUGAAACUGGUUUUGAAUAUUAAUUACUCUUUUCUUUAGUCAUCUUUCUUGUGAGCAUCAUCCAACUGCUGUCAAAGCAACGUAUUUUCACUUUAUAGUUGAGAUAAUUGCUCCAUUGUAGAUUCCUGCUUUCUCAUGUAUUUACUCACUUUUCCUUGUUAAUCCUGAUACAUGUGUUUACAUUCUUUCAUUUGACACUGUUUGAUUUAGGUCUCUUUGUGCCUGUUCUAAAAUUGAAGUCUUUUCUCUAAGAGCAUCUCUUGUAUGAUAGAGCUCAAUUUCUGGGCUGUUCAAUUUUCUUUUGGUUUUAGAAAGCUGGUGAGAAAGAAUUUUAUUGUUAUCUUUGGGAGUUAGAUAUAUCAUAAUUCAUCUUGUCCUGUAAAAAAAACCACUCAUCUCUAGCAAAGUUCUAGGUCUCUUUUUGAUGUCUGACUUUCAUAAUCAGUGUCAUGAUAAAUUAGUCAUAUGCUGUUUCAUGACUUACCUAAAAUUAGUUUUUCUAUAUAUAUUUUCCCAUAAAUAAUUAUUUAUGUAUUUUUUAUAAACAAUUCGAAAAACUUUGGAAAAGGUUAUUUGGAAAGUGGUUAUUCCAAAGAAUGUUAAUUUCUAACUUUUUAGUAUGAAUUGUGUGAGUCUAAGCUUAAAAAGUUGACUGUAUUUUCAAAUCAUAAUUCAUUUUUUCAAAUAAUCAUUUUACAUCAGUGUUCACUGGCUCAUUUAUACACAAAUAUGGAUGAGUGUUGCAGUUACAAUUACUUUUAUUCAUCUUUUGAAAACUGAAGUUUAUUGUAUACCUAGUUUUGCUGCUUUUAGAGACCAACUACAUCUUUAAAAUGUUUUGCUAAGAAGUCAGAAGUUUUAAGACUAAAUUUGCUAUAGCUUAAAAAGCCCUUGAAUGACAUACAAUAUGGUUUACCUUCAUAUGGUUACAAAAUACAGGGUUAGGGAAGUUUCUUGAUUUCAUUUUUACAUCUGAUGUAUUUGUUCAGAGAAGUGAAUGGUUGGCAUAAAUUUAUACAUGCCACGUAAUCAUAAAGUUACUUGUUAUUUUCAACCAAAAUGUAUACUUCAUAAUGCCAGCACUGGAGUAUUAUAAGAGGUAUAAAUGUUUUCUUAAUCAUCACUGCAAGAUUACCUCGUGUUGUUUAGUUUUUGUUUUGUAUGUAUCUUACAGUAUUUACAUUCUGCAAUUGUUUGUGAUUCUGAUGUUAGAUAUGAUAGCUUUGUCAUCUUGAAUAUACAACUAACCUAAAUAAUUUUGGAUUAGUUGGAGUUUAAAUGAACUAUAUUAUUUUUUUUACUUUUAUUAUUGGACAUGCCAUAUAAAUGUUAAUAUUGGCUUAAUAAAUAAACAACAAAAUUACCAUAGCACUUUUCUCUUACCCAAUUAUUAAAAUAAAAGUGUUUGUUUUUGGUGGAUCAAAGUAAGGUCCUGACUUCUGAUUCAUAUUUGUUUAAGCUAUGUUCAUUUAAAAUAAUGUUUCUUUAAUGGUGUCCAGUCAUUGUAAGUUGGACUUUAGGAACGGACAUGUAGAUUUCACAGUAUAUAGGGAAGAAUGUAGGUGAAUGUGUUUGCUUCAGAUUGGAGCUUACUGAGUUUCAACUAAUUUUUGUCAGUGAUUUGGUAAAAGACAUUUUUAUUAAUAUUACAACUUUUUGGAGAGUACAGCACUACUGGAAUCUUUAACAUUUCAAAUCUUUCUGAGGUACCAAAGCACUGUUUAAUUCACAUUUUAAGGAAGUCUCUUUAUAAAGAGAUUUGCUUUUAAAGUACAUAAAAUUAAUCACCUCAGCACUACUACAUACUAGAUCUGUGGCCUUUGUGUUAAUCAUCACCUUUGGGCCUGUAUUGCCUUACUUAAAAUAACUGUAAUGUGUUCUGCCUACCUCACAGGGCUGUUGUGAGGAAUAAAAUGGAAUGGAGUAUGUGAAAUUCGCUUCAGCAAAAGUAAAGUGCUCUAUAAAUGUAAGGUGUUAUUUUUAGUGAAUAAUGGAUUUACUUGGAUACUUUUAAAUGUCACCUAUGUUGAUAAGGCAUGUUUUAAAGUGGUAUCACCAGUGAUUUCAAACAAUUUAAAAAAUAAAGCCUGUUACAAUGCCCUUUAACAUUUAGUUCGUGCAUGACUCAGCCUUUUUACAUUACCCUCUGUUUUCAAGACUAGAGCUAUAAUAGUUCUCCCACAGUAUUAUUGUGUAUCACUAUAGAAUAACAUAAAAAACUUUUCCACCCAGCAAUUUGCACUUUUAAGACUAUUCUGUGCCCCAUGCAGACAGUGAACUUGACCUAAGUAAUUCAUCCCAGCCUAAUGAUUCAGCAACUUACUGUUACUGAAUAAAUAAUAGUUUAACAUUUGACAGCUUGUUUGUAUUAUCAUUUUUUCAGAAAAUAAGAUGAAGCAUUCCAAAACCUAGUUGGUUUAGCGCAGGUAUCUUUUAUUACUGUUCCUGAUAACAUUUAUUUUGCUUUAAAUUGGAUUUACUAAAAAGUUUACAAGUUACCUUAAAAAUACAGAUUUUGGUUAUGUCUUAUCUGGACAUAGACUUGCUAUGCAAUUGUGAUAAUAAAAUUCUUAAACUUCUCAGGUUUAAUCUCUCAGUUUGAAGACCAUUAACUACAUAUGUACACAGUGCUGAAAAAUAAGUGUUUUAAUGUGCAUGGAGCCUCAUCUUCCUUAUAAAUAAGUCAAAACCUUUUAAAUGUUUUUGACUUGAAAGUAGGAUAUUUGAUAUGGAGAAAGUUGUAUAUUGAGAUGAUUGUAUGUUAUGUACAGAAUGUCUCAGUUUAAGUUUUUACAAAAGCACCUGGAAUAUUUCAAGUAAAUUAAAAUUUUUUUCCUGUUUUCUUUGUUUCAGUGCUUUGAUCACUUUUAUUUAAACUCUACAUUGUGUUUGUGAGGAUGAAAAUAUUUAAAAGUCCUAAUCCUUUUGCCCAAAACAUUUCAGAACAGUGUUGUAUUUACAGAGUUUUAUAUAGUGAUGAAAAGUCUGUACUCUUACCAAAAAAAAGUCUGUACUCGCACUAAAUGGCCACUAGCCAGAGGCAAUUAAUGUGACUAAUGUACUAAGCAACUGAAUUUAAAAUUUUUAAUUUAAACACGAAGUGAAUGUUGUAGACAGCUAUAGUUUUAUACAGUGCAGUGAUAGAAAAUGAAACAUGCUAUAUUUAACCAUAAUAUAAAUUAGAAAUUUCAUUUCUUUGAAGCUUCUUGUAUCUUGGAUUCCAUUUUAUAGUCAAAAUAGAACCUAAAACUAUAUCUCUUUAAAAUUUGUAUUCUAACUUUAAACAAAUUUCUGAGAUAAGAGAUAAAAGAAUCCCAAUCAGUGACUGAGACUGGAGCAGCUAUAUCGAAGAUGAAAGGAGACUAGCUGGUCUUGCCUAUGAUAGACAUUGAGAGACCAGUGUUAUCAUAUAGGAGUAUGGGUACAAAAUUUUUGGAGAAAAGUUUUAAGAUUUUAAGUGUACAUACCUUUAAAACUUUAAUUCCUUUUUGUGUAUUUCUACUACUUAUUUAGUUGCAUGCCCAAAGCACUAUGAUAGUAAAAUAUAAGCAAAAUGAUGAGAGCAGGACACAUCUAGAUGGCCCUGGAAAUAAUUUUUUCCUUUCUUUAAAGCAAGGCAGAGCUAGCCUGACAGGCCUAAAUUAACAAAACAAUGGGCUAGCAGAAUUCUGAAGGCUACCCUUUUCUCUCCAGCAAACUACCACUGUUAUGGUAAAAAUACUCUGCACAUUUCUCCCCACUCUCAAUGAAAAUUUUGUAAAUAUGUAGACCAUUAUGAAAGCUGGCUUCAUGCAGGACAGGGAAGGACUCAGCGCCACACUAAGUAAUAAAUUGGGUUAUAGGAAGGACACGGAUCAGAGUACGUAAUCCUUAAGGCCCUGUGUUUUGUUCCUAUGCGGAUUUGAGGUCUUGUAGGCUUUUAAUCUUUGACAUGCAUUCCAGGAGGUUUUGGGCUUGUGGCUCCCAGAAGUGUCUUAUACUUGCACAUCCAUUUCAAACAUCUCUGGCCAACGCCCCCCAAAGUUAGUUAUGAUCAAGGUAAUUGUAAAUUAUGGGAAAGGAUUGUCCUCCAGAGCCACAAAAAGUCAGGAAUUAACUCAUUGGGUUCUUUCAUUUGCAUGUUUAAAUUCUGGUUCAUCCUACAGAAGGAAUUACAGAUGAUGUAUUAUGCCUGUUGUUUAUGUAAGAAAAACACUACAGUUAUUUAAUACUGAUUUAGAAGAUUGGCCAGUGUAAUCAUGUACUUUAUCUGCAUUUUUUAAGGUUUAUGCAAAACAAGAUUGGCUAUGAACUUGGAAGUGUUUACUUAUAAAAACCCAUUCUCCUUUUUCUAGUUAUUUUCCUUGUAAUUUCCACACAGAAAAGUACAGCAUUAAUAAUAAACAUUUAUGCUCAUUACCUAGACUUAUCAGUUAACUUUCUGUCAUGUUUGUGUCAUUUAAAAUUUUACCUAAGUCCAGCAGUACAUGUCAGUAAGCUUUUUAAAAACAGCCACAUUUGUUUUUUAGAGGCACAAUAUUUUUUACUGUCAUUUAGUGACAUUUCAUAGUAAAAUUCUGUUUGUCUCAAAAAUGCCUUUUUAUGGUUGGCUAAUUCAGAUCAGGAUCCAGACAAGAUACACAUGUUGCAUUUGGUUGUCUCUGUGAUUUUAUAGUAGUUUCAUCUCCAUUUAAAUGACAUUAAUAGAGAAACUGGGACAUUGGUCUUUUGGAAUGUCCUACAUUCUGAAUUUAGCUGAUUGUUUCUCUAUACUCCUGCAUACAUGGUGGUGUGUACUGUUUAUCACAUUAGGAACUACAUGUCUGACUGUUACACAUUUAGUGAUACUAAGAUUGGUCAGUGGGUUUGGGCAAUGCUAGCCUUCUGUAUCUAUUACAGUUUCCUAUCACCUUUUCACCUGUUAGCAUUUAUUGAUGCGUGUUACUCUAUUAGAAAACAUGAUCCAUCAUUUUUAUUAGCUGGAAUGCUUAUCAUCACACUGGUCACCCUGAAAUACAGUUCACAGAAGAAAGGCAGACUAAAUUAUUUAUCAGGUUUCAGAAAAAAGGAGUCACUAUCCUGGCAAACUUAGUAAUGUCUGGGUUUUAUUUUUAAGGCAUCAUCAUAAACUGUGUGGUGCCUGGCAUAUUAACCCAGAGCUAGGCAAGCACACCACUGAGCUACAACCCUCGCCCCCAAAACUUGUAUUUGAUGUGUUUUAACCAAUAGCUUUUAUUGUUUGAUGCUUACACUUUCCAUUUUAGGUUCCUCAAGCUUGUACCUGUCUCCAGUCAUUCCAUAAAUCUUAUCUGUACUACUAUUUGAUUUUCCUCUUGGUGUUAGAAUUUUUAAUUAUCAACUAUGCAGUACUGAGUGCACUGAGGAGUAAGAGGACUUACAGUAAUCUUGUGUGUACAAAGAAUAUUUCUAGAGGGCAAAAUAAAAGGCUGAUAAAAGUGGUAACCAGUAUGAGCUAAGAGAGACUAGUAUCUGUAAUACAAUUUUUAAAACCAAAGAUUAGGAAACAAAAGUUUUUACUACAGGCUGAUAGAAAUUUUGUAAAAAGUUUAAAAUGAGAGUAAUCUAUUCAUUUUCAAAAAUCCACAGCAAAACAAAUUCAUAUCUGCUCCCUAAUUCUUUGUAUUUCCAGCCUUCAGCUGAAGAUAACUGUCUGUUGGAGCUUGGGUGUCAGGAGCAAUAUAAAACGCAGUCUCCUUUCGUCUUUCUCUUUGUAGAAAUUACUUUAGAUACAGCAGCUUCAGUCUCAUAUAGUCAUAUUUGGUAUUUUAGCUCCUAUACGUGUUUCAAGUUUAUAUUGUUUCCCGCAAGACACUCGACUUCCAGCAGACUAUUAUUAUCUCCAUCUCAGCUCAGCUAAUAGUGUCUAAACCAGAAUUUGGAGUUGUCCUGAGUGCCUCUCUGGUUAGCACAUGCACUAAAAACAUUUUUUAAAAUUCAUUUUAUGUGAGGUUUACAUUUAGCUGGUAUUCUGUGUUUGAUCUGGCGCGCUCGGGCUAAGGCACGCAGCUCAGCUGGGCUACUUCAUGGUCCACGACGGGUUUCCCAGAAGCGCUCGUUGCCUGACGCGCUGCUGUGUUACUGACGCAGGAGAUGAAGGGGAUUUCGCUUUGGCUAGGUUUUAAAAGCGAGGAACUCACUAAAGUUCAGCAAGCUUCCUGCGGUGAAACGGCGGCAGGAACGGGACCGAAUCCGGCCCACUUGGACCGCCAAGACGUUCCCGACGCCAUCCGGGCCAGUGCCCGCGGAUCUGACGUGACGGCCAUUUUUGCGGCGGUUUCCGUCAGUGCAGUAAAGCGGAGCUGCGGCCGCGGCUGCGGAGUAGGCGCUGCGUGCCAGGUGUUCCGUCGGGCUUCCGGGCGUGGGCGGGCGCCUUCGGGCACUUUUCGCCAGUGGGCUGGGUUCCUCCGGCGGCAGCUCCCGGCCUCUGGAACCCUAACCUUCCUUGCGCCAGGCCGCAGACCGAUCCCUGAGGUAGGCUGAACGCGCUCCCGGCUCGGUGCUCCGCAGAGUGCAUCCCGAGCAUCUUGCAGUCAGCGUUUCUUCGGCAGUUUCUUCCACGCUCCCGGGAGUUGUCAGCAGAAAACAAGUUUGUCUUCCUAUCCAAAAAGAUGAAAAUAACUGGGUUACUUAUGAAACACAACCGAGUGAAUACCACAGACUGAUGAGUAAGAUCAGUAAGAACGUGAUUUUGGCCCUUUUCACGCUGGCAAGUUCUGCUUUUCUGCUGUUUCAGUUGUACUACUACAAGCACUAUUUAUCAGCAAAGAAUGGAGCUGGUUUAUCAAAAUCUAAAGGAAGUAGAAUUGGAUUUGAUAGCACACAGUGGCGUGCAGUUAAAAAGUUCAUUAUGUUGACAUCCAGCCAAAAUGUACCAGUAUUCCUUAUUGAUCCUUUGAUUCUGGAGUUGAUUAGUAAAAACUUUGAACAAGUCAAAAAUACUUCUUCUGCUUCAAAAUGCAAGUUUUUCUGUGUUCAGAGAGACUUUACUACAUUUGCACUACAAUAUCAUCAAUGGAAGAACGAGGAAGGCUGGUUUCCAGUAGCUGAGAGUAUGGGAUUUCAGUGCCUAAAGACUGAGAACAAAGAUCCUCGCCUAGAUGGGAUAGACUCGCUUUCCGGAACUGAAAUCCCCCUGCACUGCAUCUGUAAGUGGGCCACCCAUGCCAUCCACCUGGUGGUCUUUCAUGGGAGAAGUGGAAGCUACCUCUGGCAUGGCCAUCUGCGCCUCAAAGGGCACAUUGACAGGAAAUUUGUUCCUUUUCGAAAGUUACAGUUCGGUCGUUACCCUGGAGCUUUUGACAGGCCAGAGUUACAGCAAGUUACUAUCGAUGGGCUAGAAGUUCUCAUUCCGAAAGACCCCACGCACUUUCUGGAGGAAAUUCCACACUCUAGAUUUAUUGAGUGUAGGUAUAAGGAAGCUCGAACGUUCUUUCAGCAGUACCUUGAUGAUAACACUGGGGAAGCUGUGACCUUCCAGAAGAGUGCAAAGGAAUUACUGCAGCUAGCAGCCAAAAUACUGAACAAAUUGGGAGUGAAAUUCUGGCUGAGCAGUGGAACCUGCCUGGGAUGGUAUCGGCAGUGCAGUAUUAUUCCUUACAGCAAAGAUGUCGACCUAGGGGUUUUUAUACAAGAUUACAAAUACGAUAUUAUUUUAGCGUUUCAAGAGGCAGGACUUCCACUCAAACACAAGUUUGGGAAGGUGGAAGACAGCCUGGAACUAUCCUUCCAAGGGAAAGAUGGAGUAAAACUUGACAUUUUUUUCUUCUAUGAAGAGACUGACUAUAUGUGGAAUGGAGGCACUCAGGCCAAAACAGGAAAAAAAUUUAAAUACCUGUUUCCCAAGUUUACGCUGUGCUGGACCGAGUUUGUAGACAUGAAGGUUCAUGUGCCGUGUGAAACCACUGAAUACAUUGAAGCCAACUAUGGGAAGAGCUGGAGGAUUCCUAUAAAGACAUGGGACUGGAAGAGCUCUCCACCCAAUGUGCGGCCCAAUGGGAUCUGGCCUAUUUCUGAGUGGGAUGAGGUCAUCCAGCUCUACUGAAAUACAAGGUAGAAAUGGGAGACUUUCUCUUACGGAAAAAGAACAAGUAACUGUUUACAGAGCUACACAUCUACUCACCACACUUAAGUGAAAACAUCACCCAAGAAAAAAGGACCAGUUUGAGACACAGCGUCCUAACUCCUGAGCCAUCUGAUUUAGCUCUAUAAUGGCAUUUAUUACUGACUUUCUGUGUGCCAAAUGAAGUGUUAGGUUACAGUGGAGAAUCAGAGAUGAAUGAGCCUAUUUUUCCUAUUCCUUUGGUAAAUACCCCAACUUAACCUUCAGAGAAACUUCCCCACUCUUUGAAGAACUAAAGGAGAAUAGGAUAUAUUUUGUAAAGAUGUUUUAAAUGUUAAGUAAUGUUUAGUCUAGAAAAUAUUAAUUUAUCAGGCAAAAGCUAAGGAAGGAUGUACUGAGUGAGAAGAAUAAUCCAUUCCUAUCCUCAGCGUUUGAGCUGAUACGUUAGUGCUACAGUUAAGAUUGUAAAGUCCGGGUUAAUAGUGAGGUGAUCAGAAUUAUGUGGCCUCAAAGAGAGAUGCUAGCAGAUUCGUCUUAUAAGCAAUCUGAUACGGAAUUGAUUGGAACAUGGGAUGUUAGUCUAGAAGGGAAAGUGAGAGCUUUCUUCUAGCUCGUCAAGAUAAGUUUCCAUACACCUUCUGUUUUCCUAUUUGAAGUCAAAAGAAAGCUGAUGCUUGUGUGAUGCUUGAAUUUCCAUGCCUUGUGAGAAGAGUUUUUCUGACCUCUGUUGGCACUUUGUUGACAAAGCAUUAAGCAAGACCAUGGUACCCGACAUGCUUUUGAGAGUUGUUGUUUCACAAAACUCACUUUCCUUAUUUCAUCUCAGCCACUCUGUAUAAUAAAAAUAUGAGCUUUUCAUGGGCAUUUUACAUUUUUUUUAUAAUCCUCGCACUUUCAGUUUUAAUGUUAACACUAAAACAUUAAUAGAAGUACCUCAAAUUUUUCAAAUAGACUUUUUGUUGUAUUUAUUCACCAAUCCUAGCUCUAGUUAUUUAAUUUAUGACCUGUGUAUCAGUUUAAAUGGAAUAAAAACUUACCUGUUAAUUUUCUCCCAAAAGUGCUUAAAGUCUCCGGAAUGGGAGGGAAAUCGUGAGCUGGCAGUUAUUCCCCACCCUAGCUGAUCGGGUUGGUGAAGCUUGUGUCUGUCUGUAGUUGCUCAGUCAGUUGCAUAUUGAUGAAGGAAGAACGCGGGCUUCCCUCCAUUGAGUACCCACCUGUGGAUCCCUGCAGUUUUCCUUUCCUCUUUCGGUCUGUUGCUGAGUCGGCUGGGAUGACUGUGUCUUGUUCAUGUCUUCACUCAUCACUUGUAACUUGUAAGUGAGCGAUAAAAGGAACUGCAUCCCCACUAAUAAGCCCUGUUACUCCUCGUUAGGAAAGGAAGUCAAGUCUUGUAUCUUCUCUGUGCUGUUUAGGGUUGCUUUUUGGAGCAGCUUGCCAGAUUUUCCUCUAAAACUGAAGAAUAACCAGUCUCAAAUAUGGAAACCACCAGUUUGUACAAGCCCCAGCACUGCCCCAAAACAAGUUUAUAAAAGGAAAAGUGGAACAUCUGAGGGAAUGAGCCGAGUUUCCCAAAGCAAAGUUGGGGAAGAUCGCUGUACCAGCCCCUCCAGAUUUUAAAACCACCCUGAAAGCUUUCCAGGAUGAGUGGUAGCUAGCUAACCGGCUGUCAGAGAGUGUGUUUCUAACGCAAAAUACUUGUCUUCUCAUAAAUAAUUUAAGGAGGCUUUCAGGAACCUAUAGACUAUUAUCAGACAAGUCAUCAUGAUCAGUCUUCUCUUUGCUUGAAAAUAGCCCCCAGAAUGAAAACCAGAAUUCGCAGUAGCUGACCUGAUUUCAUUUGUCACAUGCCAGAACAGUGUAACAGAUGGCCUCCUCACUUUCCACAUGGCUGGGACAAAAUACUGGAUGCCCGGAACUUAAAGAAGGAGAGGGUUAUUCCGACUCACAGUUGAGGAGUUUUUGUCCAUGUUAGCUGACGUAGAUACAGGAACAGUGUGGCAGCAGGGGAGUUUCACUGUGGAAAGCUGAUCCUGUAAUCUGAGAUCUUUAUGUGAUAGAUCUUCAUGACUAACAGAAACCUUAGGAUUCAUUUUCUCCUGUGUCAUAUCUGUCUCCUUUGUUCACAGAAGCACUUUGCCAGACUCCUAUCCUGUAACAUUCUGGCGCUCUCUUCUCAGCAAAGUUGCCAUUAUGUCCCUCUGAAACCUGAUUCAAUUUAUUCAUUACAGUCUUCAAUCCCAUUUCUAGUAUUCUCAGAGAAAUUUCAAGUUGUUUCCCUUCAACUUCUGGAUAAUACUGUACUUUUUUCUUAACUGUCCUUUACUUUUUCAUAAAACUAGUCAACAAUUUUUUCUCUUCUCUUCUUGUGUUAAGGAAGGUCUUACACUGCCAAGUUCUCUUUCUUGUAUUUUCUCAUGUUCUAACUGACUUUACUUCUUUUGUUUCUGUUAGCUCCUUCUCUAGUCCCCUCAACUUUCCAAUUUUCCAAUUUUUCCUGAGUCGAUGUCUGUACAUCCUCUAUUCCUACUGCUUUAUUCAGAACAGAAAUCUUUCAUUUCAAUGGCAGGCUUCAAGUGAUGAUAUUUCUCAGGUGAUUCUUAUGGGCUAUGUGUUUGCCUGAUUUCCUGUAUCCUCUGGUUUAACCGUCUUAAAAGUUUUUUGACCCACUCAUGCAAGAAGGUAUAUAAACCACAUCUUCUACUUAUCUAUAUCUUGCAUGUUUUCCUCUUUCAUCAGCAGCCCCAGAUAAAUGCUAAUAGACUUUUUUGGUUUAGAUGAUGGUGAUGAAAAGUAAGAUUGAGAAAAAUCCUAGACCUUGUCUGAUGCCAAGGAAGGGUUUCAAAGACAUCUGUGUACCAUCAGAAACACUGUUGCCAAUCUGUUGUCAAGGUUCUGUUUUGUUGUUCCCCAAUGCCUCAGGUUUAGGAGUAAGUGCUCAAGAAAUGUGGCACUUCCUAGUUUCAUGUUUCUCUUCUAAUUAUUUCUCAAAUGGGAUGACAGAAAUUAUAGGUCAGUAUACACUGGUUUACUCAGGAAAAUUGCAUGACCAAAUUUACUUAAGAAAAAAAUAUAUCAGGUCAAAGUAUAUAAUAAAGUCGGAGACAUUACAGUGUUGCCUUCUUCUUUAAACAAAACUUCUGUUUUCAUUUUGGUAGUAAAACUGUUGUCUCCUGGUAUUAUCUCAUGCGCUAUUUUCGUUCCUUUGUCCCAAGCAGCUCACUCUUCCUCCUUUGACUUGGCUCCGGCUCUUAUCUAAAAUUGCAUCUCAUUAUUUUAGCUUUUUCUUACAGGUAAAUCUUCGCUAUAAAUCCUGAUUUGAAAUACUUAGUUUUCUUUAAUUGACUGUGCUGGCUUGGGGACGUAGCUAAGUGGUAAAGUACUUGCCUAGUGUGUACAUGGUGUGGGUUUAAUCCUUAGCCCCACAAAAAUGCAGUGUCUCCACUGAUAUAUACCUGUAUCAUAAAGGGACAGUUAAAAACACAUGUCUAUUUUCUGCCCCUAGAUUUGUGGUUCUUUCUCAAAAUAGGCAGGAAUCAGUAGGCUGUAUGAUGUCACUCUAAGUUGUUCCAUAUCAAACUUAAUUCUAACUAUAGUUUAUAAGCCAGAUAGAGCAAUUCAGUAGUGAUACCUUUCAAACCAGUGCUUAAAAUAGUCAAGAGGAAGUCUUCUAAUGAAAAAUCUGUUGCUGAACUCUGUGAACUUCCCAACCUAUGCAAAUAUCCAUUUGCCAGCCAAAAUCGCUUCUAUAGACUUAUGAGUACCUCUAACAGAAGAGUUGGGAGCAUAACAAGAAUUGAAAGUACUGUAUUUUGGUUUUUAAGGUUUACAAGACUUUAUAGCCUUGUGAUUAUCCAGAGCAUGGAGAAUAGUUUGUGUGUUUGUUGUAUGAAAAUCAUAUGUAGAUUUUUGUGUGACUAUUCCACUUCAUAGCUAUAUAAAAAUGUACGAGAAUUUUAUAAAGAAAGGAUAUUUUAAAUGUGAGUACAUUUCAGUGUAUGCUUAUCAGUUUACUAUUUGAUUUUACAGAUAAUGUAUAGUACUACUGAAAAUACCUUUAAUAAUAAUAUGUUGAUCAGAAUUUGUAAUAUAUAAUUCAUUUUGGGAUAAUGAAUAAAAUUUUUUUAAUAUCUUGAA